UUCUCUGCCUCUAAGGUCCACGCGUUCAUUCUUUUUAUAACCCAACACCGUCGUUCUUUGAUAUCAUCCUAAAUAAUCACAUCACAAUGAAGCUCGCUGGAAUCGUCGCCUCCCUUGCCAUUGCCGGCACUGCCUCUGCUGCUGCCAUUCCCGACCCCGUCAAGGGCGUUGUCACCAGACUCGACGGCACCCUCGGCAGCCUUGAGGGCGUCCUGGGCAACCUCCUCGGCGGUGCUCCCACCGAGAACCUGGUCGAAAUCAAGAGCGAGCUUCGCCAGGUCAAGGUUCAGCUGAGCCAGUGCUCCAGCUCCCACAGUCAGCGUGAUCUCGGGAACACCGUCGAGUCUGUGGCCGAGCCUGUGACCAACAAGGCCGGAGAGGUAGUUCAAACUGUGAAGGGCGUUGCCGGUGUCAAGCGCCAGACCGACCAGCUCCAGACCAUCUCCGAGGGACUCCUGCAGAAGAUCAAGGGUGAUGACAUGGACGCUGCUGGACUUCAGAAUGUCCUCAGUCUGAUCCAAGCCGACAACAUCCCCGCUGUUGGUGGUCUCCUGGGAAUCUUGCUGUAAAUGGCUGGAAAUCACAGCUGAUGGUCUAUCAUGGUCGAUGCGCCUUUGUGUAACGCUAGUGGGGGGUUUAAUUGGGUUCUGGGAUUCUGGAAUCUCAUGGAUCAGGU